CAUCAUUCUUUAUGCGACGGUCACUCCGCUAUACGUGUGAUUAGAUAAGACGGGGAGGGUUCAUAGUGCGCCCAAGAUGCAGAGCUCAUAAGAAGCAGAGAUUCGACCGGUUCGCUCUCAGUUUACCCGGUGUGUGCAUGCCGACAAACAACGUUUGUUUUCACCUUUCUUCGACGAAACUUAUCUCUCUCUAAUUCUCUCACUCUCUAUCUCUCUUGCUGUUUCUUUCGACGCGUUAUCACCGCGAAGUUACCCGACCCUCUCAAGUGUGAAUCCCAUAUAACAUAGACUUAAUACAAUCGCACCGUUAAUUGCGAAGAACGAUCGUUACUGUUUACUUUGUGCCCGUUUUCUCUUGUGGCGACGAAGAGGAACGAAAAAUCGGGACGAUCAAUGCUGGAAACAACCGUCGCAGAUGGACCGAAGAGGGCUUUUAUUCGUUGAUCCUAACGAGGGAAUUAUAGGCUGUUAAGUAAUUAAAGUGUGAUCUUCGAUUCUGCGGAUAGGAUAUUAUUCGAAGAAAAGAACAUCGAUCAUCGGCUGAGAAACGUUCGACAGAAGAGCUGAACAGCUAACCUCGUCUGCAGGUAUGAAGAACAAACCAUCCGGCGCUUCGGAGUUUCCUCAACUUCUUAAACUCAGGUGAUAGCUUAUUCGUUUCACUGAAAUUUGGUGCCAGUUCGUUAUCGCGGAUCAUCAUAAACGAUCUCGCACCUGAAAAAUCAACUCGCUUUAAGAUCGUGGCUCGAGUAUAAAAUCAGCGAAAAAAAUCAGCCAUGCCUUCUUGCGGCAGCGAAAACGUGUCCAGAUUCUGGGGCUCGAGUCCCCCGAUCUCCAGGAGGAACAGUACGGCCUCGUCCCCGUCGCCAGGAUCACCCUUGUCAACGUCACCCCCCGACGUCUCCCUGAUGCUGACAUUGAAACGCUCUUCGUCGACGGUCUCCAGCGCCUCGGUCUCCUCCACGACAUCCAGCGCCUCCAGCACCCAGACGACGAUUCUGACCUCGAAGCGGCCCAGCCGUCAUCACCACCACCUCAACCACCACCCACAGCAACCAGCAAGCUCGAUUCAAGACCGUCGACGGUCCCCGUCGAAGGAAAUCCCGUCGACGAAGAGUCGCCCGUUUAUCCUGACGAGCAUCGUCCACUGGUACGCGGGUAUGGUGAUCGGGAUUUUCAGCGCUGCGUACAAAAUCGCGAGCUGCAUAAUCUGGGCACCAGCCUUGUGGGUCUCGGCCUGGAUCUACCUGCUCUGGGAGAUUCUACAGCUGCCGUUGACGGCCCUUAAGUGGUUCCUGACGGCGCUCUACACCCCGGCGUCGGAGAGAGUCCGGCCGAAGAGAUGCGUCCUGAUCAGCGGCGGCAGUACCGUCCAGGCUGUACAUCUCGCAAGGAACUUCUACAAGGCCGGGGCUCGCGUCGUCGUCUGCGAGGUGGAGAGCCUUUUCGGGCUGGCCCGUUUCUCCACGGCCUGUUCCCAGUUCCACACCCUCCCAAUACCUGGCCCCGAUGCUGCGGCCCAGUACGUCAAGGCCCUGCGCGACAUCGUCCAGCGCGAAAAGCCAUCCUACUACAUCCCGGUCAGCGCUUCGACCACCGCCUACUACGACGCCCUGGCAAAGCCUCACCUCGAAGCCCUUGGCUGCGAGUGUUUCAUCCCCGGUGCCUCGGAGGUGACGGCCCUCGACGAUCCCCUCGAGCUUUUGCGCCGCUGUAGAUCCGUCGGGCUUCCAACUCCACCUCACUUCGUCCUUCGUUCGUCAGCCGACGUGGCUAAUCUCUACGAACGUGGUGUCCUGCGCACCGGAAGACACGUCAUGCUGGCCGCUGGGCCUGCCGGGAUGCGGGACCAUGCGAGGGUCCUGCUGCCCCCGACGGUCCGGGACUUCAGAAGCGAGAACCAGGAGCACGAGAUCAGCGACAAGCGGCCCUGGGUCGUGGUUCGCGAUCCUGGUGGCGCCCAUUUUAUCACCUGCACAACCAUCAAGGACUCAAAGGUCGUCGCUAACGUGACGUGUCGCGUUGACGAGCAUCGGGGCCUCAUCCCAGAGGACAGACCCGACGUCUCCCGCUGGCUGGAUCGCUUCUUCGCCCGGUCACCGGGCCACAAGGUAUCCGGUCACCUCAGUUUCCGACUGGCCGAAUCGGGCCUAGACAACGAACUCGUCUCCAUCGGCUGCCGCGUCGGUGUCUCCUUGCCCUACGUAUGUCACACCGGCGUUCAUCCCAGGCUCGUUUGGCGACCCUGCAGGCACUUUUCCAGACAGAAUUCCGAGCACCUCGUCAACGGGGAACGUGGGCAGAAUCUAAACGAGGCGGUAGCCAACGCUCUGAAGAGGCCUCCGUCGGACGUGGCGUCCCAUCUUCUUGGGACCGUCCUCGACAAGCGGGAGACCCUCUUCGUCUACUGGGACCCUCUGCCCUAUUGCGCUUACUACCAUUUGCAGCUGCCCUUCAGGCGCAUCGCUGCCCUAAUCAGGGCUCAGCCUGCCGGACAACACGCUCAGCCCUUGGCGCUGGUACAGUAAGGAGGGUUGAACGGGGGUUGAAGGGUUUAAGACGAGUCGAACGUCGAUUAGCCGCAACGGUGAAUCGGGUUUACACGAACAUUCGGCGUUUAUCGAAUACCCUCGUGUUUCAUGCGUAUUAAUUAAUUUUAUCAAAUUGUAAAUACAGACUCGUAUUGUAUAAUACAUGCGUAUAGACUAUACGUUAUACAUAUACAUACGUAUAUAAAUUUAAUGCUUUGAUACAGCUUUUGAUUGUCACGUGAUCAUGAGAUUCACAUG